GUAAGGUUAUGACGUCAUUUUUUUUUUCUAAUUAAAGUAACGUUCGAUUUAGAAGUCGUUAACUUUUUGUGUUAGUUUUGGUUUCGAAGCAAACUUUAGACUUGUAAUAUCAAAGUUGUGGUGUGACGAAUUCCAAAUGGGCUUUUGCUAUAACUAUUUGGUCAUUUUCCUUUUGAGUGUGACUUUGUCCACCAUAUUAGAACAAGGAACAUUGACUUUGGCGCAAGAACUCAGCGAGCCGGUCACCCAACCAUCCCUCACCCAAGCCCCACCAUCCCCCACCCCAGCCCCACCAUCCCCACCAGCCCCCACCCCAGCCCCACCAUCCCCCACCCCGACUUCCAAACCGGUCGUCAAUUCGGAUGAAAGUCCGGCAACCAAACCGGCUCCACCUCCGGUGAAGGACGAAAACACAGCAGCCACUACCCCGUCCACCAAACCAGCUCCACCCCCGACGAAGCGCAAAUUCUCACCAGUUCCAGAAGCCAUAAGCACCAAGACACCCAAGAAGAUUCCAUUUCCAAAGGAGAUGCUGAACUCCUUUUACGAUGAAGGCAAGUUCGGCGGGCCAAUCGAAAACACAAAUCAAUUUGAUAUGGAAGACGUAUCAUUCGCACCUGCGGAGGACUCGAUGCCAGAUGGAGCCACUCAAACCACCUCUUCGACCAUCGUCAUGUCAGUUCUACUGGGAGCUUUCCUGUUCGUGUCCUUCUCCUUGCUAAUUAAUUAAUUAAUUAAUUCGUUCAUUAAAGGUGCACUCUCAAUGUUGGAAGCAUCGUAUUUCGUUACGUUUACAUGCAUUUGUGUAAAUAACUACAAAUUAAUCGGCCUCACAGACAUUUAGUUUCUUCCAUAAUUAAGUCAAGAAUAUCAAAAUUGUAAUGCUUUGCUAAUUGGCGUAAACAGUGGUUUCUUCGAGAAUCCUUAGCGAAAUACAUAAAGUACAUUAAACAUUCAUCACGUAUCCAUUAAAAUAGCAACUUUUUUUUUUCUUUUCAAUAUAGAGAUACAAUUCAAAAUCAAACUGUAACGUCACGUCCUAAUAUACAUUUAUAAACAGUAGUAAAUGGAAUUAUUUGAGGCCUUUUUUUUUCUUUUCUGUUUUUUAAUUAAUAUUGAAAUAAAAUUUGUGGGCAUGUAAUUCAGGAUUUAAUGUUUACAUUUAAGAAGAAAAUUUUGUAAACAAUUUUGGUGAUUAUGCAACUUUGAGAUUGCACCCUUUAAUAUUUUCUCUACUUCAUGCGCCGUAGUCAGGAACUGGCCGUGCAUAGAUGGAUGUAUAUUACGUUCAGGAUUUACUGUAUUUUCACGGUCACAGUGGAGCGGUUCCCCACAAAAUUUGUGGUAGCCCACCACUGCCGUUGCGAACCAAAAAUGAAGCACCCCCGUCUUUGUUAUUCUUUGUUGGGUCUGUUGACACCAGACAAGAAAACAUACAGACGAAAACAACGAAAAAAGAAAAGAUUCAUGUAAGCUGUGGUCGGUGACAUUUUUUUUAUGAUGGCGCCAUGUUUGAAAUUGUGUUUUUCACUAAGUUUGUUAUUUUGUGUAAUUUCAGAGGAUGAUCCUAGGGGAGUUUUUCUUUUUCUUUUUUUUUCUUUUUCUUUUUUAAAUUAUUUGUUCAAUAUAAAUUUUCGUUGGGUUGUCCUUUUCGCGAGUUGGUCCAUGUGUCCUUCUUCCCUUACCCCCCCCCCCCCCACACACACACACACAUUCACAAUACGCGCACGCACGCACGCACACACACACACAGAUAUAGAUAUUUGUUUCAAUGUUUCUUUAUUCUUUCUUUCAUGCAACAUUAUAAAUACUGUAGCAUUUACGUUUAGUGUCUUAUCAGUUUUUUUUAUAGGUUGAAAAUUGCAGUGGCAGGGUCUUACAAAUCUUGGGAGCAACUGCAUCACAAUGGAUAUGCAGUAAACUUUGGUCGUAAUAGACAUAUCCAUUAUGACAAGUUGUGUAUCUUUAUUACAUGUGCAUUAAAAUAUACCAAUUAUAUAUUACAUUGUUAACGAUCUAGGCAUUUCAAUUUUACUAAAUAAUUUGUAUUCACUCAUUUCUUAUUUACAGUACUGUAUUACAGUACCCCUCUGAUUUCAAAUAUAAAUGUUAUUGGUAGAUGUUACCAAUAGUCUGGUGUAGUCUGGUGUGUUUAAAAUAAAUAAUUAAAGUUCA